AUGAAGGAAAUUGACCAUCGACCUCCUUGGCCUCUUCUGCUGCAAUUCUUGCGCGAGUUUCUCAAGUUGAUAACAGCACAUGGAAGCUCUGAUUGUCUGCCCCUACUUGAGAACCUCGUAGAAGAGCACUCCUUGAGAAUCCCAGAAGAUAAAAGAAGAAACUUCUUCCCGUGGAUGUCGCUUUUGGGCAGCAGUGGCUCUUCUCCUCUCUGCAGCCAGUCGUCGUGUAACCAGAUCUUCCAGAAACUACUUGCGGUGCGUCUGGUAAAGAAUAGAAAGAGCGAUGCUCACUCGUGCUUGACCGUUGCCGUCCGUCAGCUCGUGCGAUACCCACUUCGAGCGAAUUUUGUGGUAUGGUGUAGUCGGGUCGAGUUGGUGGAAACUGCGCACCCAAGAUCUCUUGUUUUAGCCUCGGAAUUGGCAUUGAUAGCAGCAUACAGUGUGUCGUUGUCGAGGAUCCCAGUUGUGGAUGCGAGCGAACCAGCAAUGAGCUAUGGUGCUGUUAGCAGUCGAGGAGCCGAACGUUGUUUCGGACAAAUGUUGAUGUUUCGGACGGCCGUUCGUUCCGAUGAGCUAAAAGCGAACUCGCAGUAA